GGAUGCUGGUGUGAGGCAGGGCGGGGCAGCUCAGUGUCUGAGGCAGGAAGCUGCUCACGCACAUCACAGAGGACCACAGAGGCAGACUGGAGAGAAGGACCUGAGGGUUUUCCCGCACAAUUCCCUGGCAAUACAUGAGAGUAGAAGGGGGCCGUGGUGGGGGGGUGUCUUCCAGGCUGGGAAGGCUCAGUGAUGCCUUGAUGGAGUAUGGGCCAGGUUUUAGGAUUCUCCCACUGCCAGGAAUAUGGCUCAGUGGCCUCCACUCCUGAUUCGACACCCCCGUGCACCGACGGUGGUAAUGAAGAGUCAGAGCUGUACGAGCUGCAAACAGCGAGGGACUGCUCCGAAGAUGAACAGGUUGUCUACGAUGAUGACGACACACUGGCCUCCUCCCCGUCAAUCUGGGGCACGCCGCGUCAGAACUCCCUCGAGCUGACCUUCUCCUACAUCGCCAUUGCCGAGCCCGAGGCCGUGGGGGCUUCACGCACCCACCGGGAGAGGCGCAGGGGUGGCUCGAGGGGAAGUCGCACCUCUCUGGUGCGCACGGACACCCCAGAGACACCGCUGGACUCGCCUGACGUCGACUGGGACCCGCAAGGCUUCCUGACUCGGGCCGAUGAGGAAGAGGGCCGAGUGGACGUGAGCACCACAAGCCCAAGAAGGAGCAGACAAAAUGAGACCGUAACAAGGCAGCCAUCGGCCCAAACUGCGGACAUUGAGACUCAGGAAGGCGAUGCAGUGAUCAUAAGUGAGGAGAACAGUUUUAUCCAAACUUUUUCUCAACCACCAAUACUUCCUGCAGCAGCAGCAGCAUCGUCACCGACCCCAGAGCCUGAGUCACCUGUCAUUUCAGAGGAGCCCCCGCAACUGACUGAGCCCAACUCCAUGUCACCGGAUUCCAUUGCUCCAGAUACUCAGGAAAAGCUGCUGAACCAGCGGUGGUACUCCGCCCUUAACCCCUUAGACAGCGCCACAGUGUGCCCACAUAUAGCAGUCAUGGACCUGAUCUACUGGAAGGACACGGAGCGAACGGGUUUGGUCCUGACGGGCAUCGUGGUGGGUCUCCUAUGCCUGUUCCAGCUCAGCAUCAUCACUGUGGUCUCCACGGUGUCUCUCGCCAUCGUGUGCGUCACCAUGUCAGUGCGCAUUUACUACAAAAUCCUCCAUGCCCUCAACUGGGGCGAUGGAGAACAUCCGUUCAAGUCAUACUUGGACAUGGACAUCAGUUUUAGUGGAGAGGAGACUGAGUUGCACAUGCAGAAAGUCAUUGUCAUGACUCUGUGUGCUGUGGACCGUCUGAAAAGACUCUUCUUUGUCGGCAACCUCUUUGAAUCCCUAAAGUUGCUGGUCCUGAUAUAUCUUCUUACUUAUCUGGGAGAUCUGUGCAAUGGCCUCACGCUCCUCAUCAUCGGCGUGAUCGCUCUCUUUUCUUUGCCGCUUUUCUACCGACGGCGUCAGGAGCAAGUGGAUGCUUUCAUUGCAAAGAUCCAGGCCCUCAUUGGCAAUGUCAAGGACUUCUUCCGAAGACUGGCCCACGGCGGUGCCCUCCCGCCUGACCUGACCCCGGGUGGUGCCAAACCUAAAUUUCAAUAAAGACUGAUGGAUGACGGGAUCACUAGGAUCUGCGGGCCGUCACGCCGAUUUCUUACCCAGCAAGCAGUCUCAGCUCCACAUGACUGAGCUGCUGCGUUCCGGAAGAAAGAUGGGACGUUUACUAUUGGAACUGUGUCUAAGUUAUUGGGUUUUUAAGGGGUGAUUCUUAAUCAGGAUGGUUGUGGAAAAAAACUGUGUUUUUGUUUGUUUGGGGUUUUUUCCCCAUAAGUGUCUGUUGAAAGCUGUCGUCCAAAUGAGGCACCACUUAUGGAAACUUAAUAUUGACCUGACAUCAUCAUUCGCAGCAGCAUCUCAUUGACAGUUUGUGUGCAUGAUAUUUUGUGAAUGCAAAUGCAUUGGAACGACUGUUUCAUGUGUGAAUGUGCAUACCUGUGUGCCUGUGAGUAAGGAAGUCACUCAAACAAGCAAUUAAAGUCACUUUUUGUCCUUUUUCAGACCUAACAUUUCCUUUUUUUCCCCUCCUGCCUUCAGCCUUUCCUCCAAAUCGGCUCAUCACAUUGUGCAUUAUUGCAGUUUGACUGUCAAUUGUCGGCCAAGUUCACUAUUGGGUGGGGCAUCGCUGUGAUGGAAAGGAUGAGGUGCCUUUCUAAUUGCAGGAUCAAGUUUAGUCAGGAAUUAUUUUUUGCUUCUCCACACAAACAAUCACAUCCCUUGUUUACCUGCAUAUUGCCCUGCAAAGGAUGAACUUUUGUACCUGUAUGAUGCCUUUGUGGUAACAUUACAAUCGUUGUCUUGUUAGUAAAAUCACUUUUAGAAAAAAUAAAAUUAGUUAGGUUGAGCUCCAACAUU